AUUUUUAUCCCGUUCUCAAACUCGCGACCCGAUAUUUCGUGAUCUGACCUUUUUUUCUUUGGUUUUCAGAAGCUGCCAAUGCUCGGUCGCCAUUCUUUCGCCGUAGAGCUUAAACGCGUGACGAAAGAACUGCAUGGGGUCAACGCCUCGCCACGAGGCACCAAUGCAACGAGGAACCUGCCACGAGCCGGGCAUUCUUCAACCCAAAAUCGCAUUUCAACUUGACCCUCCGGAAAAGAUGUCGCCUGUUCAUGCCAGAGCCUUUGAACGCAUCGUAAGCAUUGCAGCCUGCACGGCUGAUCAGCGACUGUCGCCGGCCACGCUACAUUCUCAGAAGACGAGCGUGAGAAAAUAAAGUGAAAUAAUGAAAGAGAAAAAAAAAUUGAAAUGGUUGCAGCCUGAUCACGUAGGCAACAGAGAAGUAUUUGAUUCGAAGAAAAGACCUUAGUUAGCGAUGUGUCGACGUGUUCGGGUUGACAAAGUUUAAAAGCUUCAAGGCGCAAAAUCUGCUGUUACCCGCCUGCAAGGUGCUCCUUGCCCCUUUCAAUCGUCUUCGCGUUUCUGCUACACAGAGCCAAGGCACGGGCAUAUGUCGCGCCUGCACGUCACAAUGGUAUCGCAAGACGACGUGACUCGGCUUACGAAGGGAGAGAUGACGAGGAGGCCAAUGCUUGAUGCUCACAACGACGACACGGCAUCUUGGGCCGCCACAAUCACGCAGGGUACUUCACAUGGCCAAGUCGAAGGUGGCGAACACGUAGGCACGACUGACGGUUCACUCGCAACGACGCGUCAAUCUGACUACGGAGGACGCACGAAACGCUCGGAGAGAAACAAGGACGGCUCGCUGAUGACGCCACCAGAGCAGCAGCCGCAGCAGCUUCUGCAUGGCAAGACAUUCACCUUCCCCGCGGCACUGGCGGCGUACGACGUGACAGGCAAGACGUGGCUAGAAGCGCAUAUGGAUACGCACGUGCUCAUGACCGCGACGAUGGUCUUUGCGCGCGAUGGCAGCAGCGGCACCGUUAAGCUUCUUCUGCUGCAGCGCAGCUUGUCUGACACUUUCCCCGGGUGCUGGGAGGUUCCAGGCGGGGCGGUGGACGAGGACACGGACGAGACGAUCCUCGAGGCGGCGGCGCGCGAGCUGCGCGAGGAGACGGGCCUGACGCUGAGCCGGUUCGUGCGCGUCGUGAGCACGGCGCGCUUCUCGACGGGCGAGCCGAGGAGCGAGCGCUGGUGGAACAAGAUCAUGUUCGAGGCCGAUGUUGCGGAGGCGAAAGCGGUGGCGGUCGGCGGCGACGAGGUAGCCGCCGUGGGUGCGUGCGUCAGGCUGGACGAGCAUGAGCAUCGAGCCUGGCUGUGGGCGAGCGAAGAGGACGUGCGGGCCGGCUGGGCCGGGAGCACCCAGUUGGCGUUCAUGACGGCGAAGCAGCAGGCUGUCAUGCUUCAGGCGUUUGCGGCACGCAGAGCCGGGACGUCGUAGUUCGAGGUCCACACUCAAGGGUUUCAUCAGCGUCGCACACGUGCGUGGAGCGGCGAUGGGCAAGCGAUGAACGACGUUGCAUGAUGACAACAGCAACAACGAGAGUGGCCAUGCUGCCGGUCCGGGCGUACACAGCGUGUAUGCUGGCAUCCUGCCCUAAGACGAAGGUGUCAAAAGGCAGCGCUUUGGAUUUUUGCGUAUGCGGUAGGGCGAUCAAUGAUCUACCCUCGUUCAUUUCGGCACCACGAACCGAAAAAUCGUGGAUUCGUCUACGUAUCG